GUCUUUAGCUAGGAAAGGGCUAAAAAAUGCUCUGUUCACAGUCCUCUCAUUCAUUCUUCCUCAAACAACUUCUUCUUCUUCUUCUUCUUCUUCUGUACUUGAAACCCUCUUGUUUCCUUCUUCAUCAUCUUCCUCCUCCUCUUCCUUCCCCCAAUUUCAUCCAACUCCUCAAAUUCACUCUAAGUUCAGCAAUUUCUCUAUCAUAUCAUAUUCCACCAAAAACCUGGUUCCCAACUUCACUGAUUUUCUCUAUUUCACUCUAUUUUACUCAUUUUACAAAGAUUUAAUCUUUCCACAAUGAAUCUUACAGGAAAAUCUUUCUGGGUUUCUCUGUUCUUUCUUCUCCAAUCACACUUACUCUGUUUUUCAUACCCUACUCCAUUGAACUGUUCAGACACAACUCGCUUAUGCACAUCGUUUUUAGCCUUCAAGCCCAAUUCAAACGAAACCCUAGCGGUGAUUCAGAGCAUGUUCGACGUGUUGCCCGAAGACUUGACAUUCGAAGGCAACGGCCGAGACUAUGUGUUUAUUCGGAAGAACUGUUCUUGUUUUCGGAGUAUUAAGAAGUACUUGACUAACACUACAUACACUGUGAGAGAAAAUAGUGGAUCUGUGUAUGAUGUGGUGGUUGAAGCCUAUGAUGGGUUGGCUUUUUUCCCCAAUAAUAUGAAGGCGGCGCGUGCUCGGGCGGUGGUGCCUCUGCGGUUGUUCUGUGGGUGCUCCAGUGGGUUGUGGAAUUACUUGAUGAGUUAUGUGAUGAAAGAUGGGGAUAGUAUCGACUCCUUGGCGAGUCGGUUUGGGGUUAGUAUGGGUAGUAUUGAGACUUUGAAUGGGAUUGAUAAUCCUGAUAAUGUCUCUGUUGGUGCACUUUAUUAUGUGCCAUUGAAUUCAGUUCCGGGUGAGACAUAUCCUACAAAGAAUGAUAUCCCUCCAGCUCCUGUUCCAGUACCAAGUGUUGCAGUAAAUCAAGUGAAUCAUAAUGCUCACAUGCCAUAUGUGUGGAUUGUCGGGAGUUUGGGGGUUGCUCUGGUUCUGCUCAUUCUAGUUGUAGUUAUUUUUGUUUCUUUGAGAUCAUCAGGCUGCUUUUCUGAAACCGAAGGAAGUGGUGAAAAAAAUCUUGAUGGGAAGAUUUCUCAUAAGUUCCAUAAUCUUCGAAACACAAGCUUCUGUUGUGCUUCUGGGAGGUACAUCUGCUGCAAAUCUGGGGAUUGGAAGCGAACUAGUGGAGAAUCUAGUGACCACCAGAAAAACAUUUCAAAAGCCAUAGGGGCUGAUCUUUUUGACGUGGAGAAGCCUGUGGUUUUCUCAUAUGAAGAAAUUCUAUCUUCUACUGAUGGUUUCUCUGAUUCAAAUCUUCUUGGGCACGGAACUUAUGGCUCUGUGUAUUAUGGCCUCCUCUGUGACCAAGAAGUUGCGAUCAAAAGAAUGACUGCUACAAAAACUAAGGAAUUCAGGGCAGAAAUAAAAGUGCUUUGCAAGGUUCAUCAUACAAAUUUGGUAGAAUUGAUUGGUUAUGCGACAAGUGAGGAUGACCUUUUCCUCAUUUAUGAAUAUGCCCAGAAGGGUUCAGUUGGAAGCCAUUUGCAUGAUCCUCAAAGCAAGGGUCAUACCUCGCUUUCUUGGAUCAUGAGGCUUCAGAUUGUACUUGACGCUGCUAGAGGUCUGGAGUACAUCCAUGAGCAUACUAAACCUCAUUAUGUGCAUCGAGAUAUCAAGACAAGCAACAUCUUACUUGAUGGAGCCUUUCGGGCAAAGAUUUCAGAUUUUGGUCUGGCAAAACUUGUUGGAAAAACUACUGAUGGUGAAGCUUCAGUAACGAGAGUUGUUGGAACUUAUGGUUAUUUAGCUCCAGAAUACUUGCAGAGAGGCCUAGCAACAAUGAAAAGUGAUGUUUAUGCAUUUGGUGUUGUUCUUUUUGAGAUUAUAUCAGGAAAGGAAGCUGUCAUACGAACAAAAGGCAUUGCAAUGGAAAAUCCUGAAAGACGUUCAUUGGUUUCUAUUAUGCUAGCAGCUCUUAAGAACUCACCUGACUCCAUGACUAUGUCAAGCAUGAAAGAUCACAUCGACCCUAAUUUGAUGGAGCUGUACCCCCAAGACUCUGUUUUUAAGGUGGCAAUGUUGGCGAAGCAAUGUGUAGAUGAAGAUCCCAUUUUGCGGCCAGACAUGAAGCAAGUCACGAUUUCCUUGUCACAGAUCCUUUUGUCCUCUGUAGAGUGGGAAGCAACUCUUGCCGGGAACAGCCAAAUAUUCAGCGACCUUGUUAAAGGAAGAUAAGUAUGGGGCUCAUUCCUCAUGAAUCCUCCUACUUUUGACAUCGUCCUUUUCAUGUUUAUCUCAACUAUUGUCUCUCCUAUACCUGUGUAGUUGCGUGUGUAUAAUUGCAUAGAGCUUCAACUGUUGAUAUAUAUUGUUUUAUUCAUAGGUGUAGUUUAUCCACUAUAUUUUCUUUCCCUUUCAUGAUGUAUUCUUUUAAAAUUUCCUUGGUGAGAAUUUUUGUUGUAAUGUGAGAUGUAAUGAUCGGAGUUAGACCACAAAAUUUAUUAUUAUGAGUUGCGAUUAGCUUGUUGAGUUUGUAA